AUGACUAGUACUAACGUUGUUCCUCACGUUGAUCGUGAAUUAGAUUUGUCGAAUACAGGGAGAGGAGUAUGGCUUGUAAAAGUGCCUAAAUAUAUAGCUAAUAAAUGGGAAAAGGCACCUGGGAACAUCGAAGUAGGAAAAUUAAAAAUAUCACGUGUACCAGGACAGCGAGCCCAAGUACAACUUUCUCUUUCUGAAGCAGUCCUUUGCCUUAAGGAUCCUGGCGAACAAAGUAUACCAAAAGAACAUCGUCUGGAUGUGUCAAAUGUUACACGACAGUCUUUAGGUGUUUUCUCCCAUGUUGUUCCUUCAAGCACAGAUGCUGUAGUACCAGAGUCAGAGAAACUAUAUAUGGAAGGCAGGAUAGUACAAAAAUUAGAAUGUAGGCCAUAUGCCGACACAACAUAUUAUAAACUCAAGUCUGAAUCUAUACGAAAAGCCUCUAUGCCACAGAGACAAGUUCAACAGUUGGAUCGAAUUGUACAGAACUUCAAACCUGUGUCAGAUCAUAAACACAAUAUUGAAUACCAAGAGAGGAAGAAAGCAGAAGGAAAGAAGGCUCGUGAUGAUAAGGAUGCUGUUCUCAACAUGCUGUUUGCUGCAUUUGAAAAACAUCAGUAUUACAACAUCAAAGAUUUGCAAAAGAUUACUAAACAACCCAUAGUAUACUUGAAGGAAAUUUUAAAAGAAGUUUGCAAUUAUAAUUUGAAGAACCCACACAAGAAUAUGUGGGAACUGAAACCAGAAUAUAGACAUUAUAAGCAAGAAGUUCCUGUAGAACCAAAGGAAGAUAAGCAUAGUUCUGACAGUGACUGA